AUGGUCGUCAGACCCAAGCCAUGGCUCAAUCAUGACCAAGGCGGAUAUCUCUACAAUCGAUCUGCCAUCAUGCACAUCAAAGACUGCCAAGAACAACAAACCUACCUUGAGCAUGCAUCCGUGCUCAGUAACGUCGAGCUCGUGUUUGCAGGACUCGACAUUCUCGGUAACACACCCUGGAAAGUCAACCGCAACAUCUUUGAUGUCAUACUCAAAGUCUGGAACUCCAGUGAGCUGCUGUGCAAGAUCCCCCAUGUAGUAUUUGACCAGCCAGAGCCUGAAAAGCCCCCGAACAUGAACAUGAACAUCAAAGCUAAGAGCGUGUACUGGACCCGUUUGAAGGCUUUUAUGCAGGAGAGAGCAAAUAACCAUUCUGAUUGGUAUAGCGUCAAUUAUAAGAUUGAGAUCGCA